AUGUCAUCGCAACGAAUCGCAUUCAAAGUAUCUGGAACAGUGCAAGGAGUGGGGUUUAGAGACUUCACGCAGAAGCGUGCCACCGAGUACGGCUUGAGGGGCUGGGUGAAGAACACGCACUGCGGAAGGGUCGAAGGGGAAGCUCAAGGACCCGCGGAAUCAGUGCAGAAGCUGCUCAAGGACCUCAACAAUGGACCCCGUCUAGCACAUGUUGUCAAAUUGGAGCAGAAGGAAAUUGGCGUGAAAGACGGCGAAGAGAAAUUCUCAUGCUAUAAGACGUCGGAGUCGGGGUUUGCGAACAUUGAGUGA